UCCUUCCUUGACCCGCUAGCUCCCCCUCCCCACUCGGCUAAUUCCUCCCCCCUCGCCCCCUGCUGACGCCCCUAAUCCCCCAGCAGUAGCUCAAUGGUCGUCAUGACAACCCGUGACGCCGUGGUCGUGGCCGCCGCAGUGCCAGGCAGUGCCACUUCGCCUCUCGCAGCCUCGUGACGCAGAAGGGGUCAUGUCUUGGCGGGCCCCGCGUGUGUAGUGCCUGGCGCGGCCUUGACCUCGCCUGACCUGAGGCUGCGUGGCGUGGCGUGCCUCGCUGUUUGCUCCCCGGCAUUAGGCUCCAUCUGCCCGUCGUGUGCGUGUGAGGAGGCGGGGAGGGGGAGGGUGUGUGCCCGCCAGCGGUGGUCAUCAUGGGGUUGGAGACCGCCGGUGCAAUGCUCCGGGUGCAGCUGCAGGAGACGGCCACCCUGGACCUGUACUACCAGGAGAACACGUCAGUGCACGAGGAGGAUGAGCUGGCGGCCAUCCUACUCACCCAGUGGAAGGACUACGAUCAGGCAGAAGCGGGUGAGUGGGUCGGUGAGGGCACGGCAGGUCACGUGUCAGACGGAGCCCAGCUACAACAUGGACAAGACCACACAGAAGUCAGCCACCACCACGCAGGAGAACAGCGUGAUGGCUACCCAGUGGAGUCUGUACGAUGAGUUCCAGACAGCGGCAGCCAAGAAAGAGAAGAAGGGGAAGAAUGUGAAGGUGGAGCAGCAGGAGCCGGUGGAGGACGUGGAGGGGGUGCGGGCGGACGGGCUACUGCGAGGGCUGGGCUGGGUGGAGCGCCAACUCUCCUCCAGCGACAACAUCCACCUCCUCCACGCCUUCAGUGACUGCCACCAGAUAAACCCAUCAAACAACCACGCACCAGAGGCAGCAGGGCGGAGGAUCAGUACGGUGGGCGAGGGAUGUCAUGCGCAGGGGCUGUGGAAGUUCUUGUGUCCCUCCACGGCCGGGCGCAGGGUGAAUGGGGUCACCUUCUGCAGGAACUCUCAGUGGUUGGUUCUGGCAGCGUAUGGCAACCCAUCUUUCACCGAGGUGCCUGAAGGGUUCCUGUGUGGCUGGAAUGGCAAGAGGAUCGGUGAGCCAGAAGUCAGACUAGCAUUGCCCGGGCCGGCCACGGCUGUCAGCUGGUGCCCCUCGGCCCCUGAGCUGUGUUGCGUGGCGCUGCUGGACGGCAGCCUCAGGGUGUACCGCCUCACCUCACCUGUCCCACAGCUGCUCUUUGACACCAGCGGCAGUGUGGACAAGCACUGCGCCCCGGUGUGGGCUGUGGAGUGGCGGCCCAUCCAGACCAACAGCCCCAAGGAAGGUGGGCUGCAACAAGCCCUGGUGACGGCCUCGGAGGACGGCCUGGUCAAGGAGUGGGUGCUGGGGGAGGGGGGACUCACCCGCUGCACCCCACUGAUGAAGGUGUGCCUCCCCCCAUGGGUGUGCCUGGAGAUCAUCGGGGGCCUGGGGGAGGUGCUGCGGGUGGCCGAGGAGGAGAGGGACCUGGCGGAGGCGGCAGGGGGCGGCCAGCUGCUGCCUGACGCUGUGCCUGCUACAGUGCUCAAAUUCAGGCCCGGGGACUCCACAUCCUACCUGGUGGGCACCGUCGCCGGCCACCUGUUGAUGUGCCGGACCUUUGAGCGGCGCGGCAGUGUGGCAGUGUUCCAGGGGCAUCGUGGCCUCGUCACUGCUCUGGACUGGCGGCCCAUGGCACCCCCCGACCCCUCAGUGGUGUUCCUCUCCGCCGCCUUGGACGACACCCUCAGAGUGUGGCACCUUGACCGCCGCAAGUCCCACUGUGUGCUCAAGAACCCUCAGGCGUCGUCAGGCCCAGGGGGGUACGUUGAUGCCUGCUGGUGUCCCUGGUACAACAACCUGAUCGCCUGCGUGCAUGGGGGCGGCCUGCACCUCUGGGACAUCUCCGUCUCCACUCACGCACCCAUAGUGUCCCACGGUGUCCCUGGGGCCACCUGCGCCACCUUCAGCCCCCACACAAAGAACGUGGUGGUGGGGGACGCCAGCGGUGCGGUGUGGGUGGUGCAUCUGGAGGGGCUCACCGUCACCACCUCCACGGCCUUCCACCGCUUCUCCUCCGUCGUGUCCAGGAUCUCCAUGCUCGGGGUGAAGGAGGAGGAGGCAGCGGAGGAUUAGCACAAAACAUCAACAAGUCAGCCAGAAAAAGUUUUGCUCACAUUCUCAAGCAUUUCAGGGCUCACACGUCCACAUAUGAUAAGGUUUUCGUAUUGGUUGUUGUGUACGUAUUUUCAUGAUUACAACAAAACAGCCCAAGUCAGUCAGUUAUUUAUUUAUUUGUAUAUCUUCAAGCAUUUCAGGGCUCACGCAUCCACAUUUGAUAAGGUUUUCGUAUUGGUUGUUGUGUACGUAUUUUCAUGAUUACAACACAACAGCCCAAGUCAGUCAAAGUUAUUUAUUUAUUUGUAUAUUUUCAAGCAUUUCAGGGCUCAUGCGUCCACAUUUGAUAAGGUUUUCUUAUAGGUUGUUGUGUACGUAUUUUCAUGAUUACAACACAACAGCCUAAGUCUGUCAGAAAGGUAUUUAUUUAUGUGUACUAUAUUCUCAAGCAUUUCAGGGCUCACGCAUCCUCAUUUGAUAAGGUUUUCGUAUAGGUUGUUGUGGGUAUUUCCAUGAUUACAACACAACAGCCCAAGUCAGUCAGAAAGUUAUUUAUUUAUUUGUAUAUUUUCAAGCAUUUCAGGGCUCACACAUCCACAUAUGAUAAGGUUUUUGUAUAGGUUGUUGUGGGUAUUUACCGUAUUUUCAUGGCUACAACAAAACUACCCAAGUCAGUCUGAAAAAGUUAACAUAGGCCUAUAUUCUCAAAGGUUUCAGAGCUUACACACCCUUAUCUGAAAGGCUUUUGUAUAGGUUGUGUUGUGGGUAUUUCCAUGGGUAGUUUUAUGAGCCUCGUGAUAGUUUGACAAGGCUUCCGCACCAUGAAUGUGAAAAGUACUCAUGAGAACCUGACUAAUCUCCUUUGUGGUCUUUGAAAAUAUUUGUUGUGACAGCCGAAAGCAUCUGAGAAUAUGGGCCUUGGUCACACACUAAAAAAAGUCAUGUUAGGUAUUGCGAAAUGUAGUCACCUCUUGAUUAACACGAGGGUUACGUUCCUGGAGAUGUCAUGUUAUUUAAAAUCGCGUUAUUUAAACAUAAUUUCCCCAUAAGAAACAAUAGUAAUAGCAGGGGUUACGUUCCUGGACACUGGGAAAGUCUGCCUAUUUUGGGGAUUUUGUUACUCUAACCUUAAAAAAACACAUUAUUAACGAUUGUGAUUUUCAAGAAACGACUAAUAGUACCCAACCUGACGGCUACAAUGAGUAAACAGAGUAAACACAGCAUAGUACAAUGACGCCCUAACUCGUCUCUAUGGCAUUAAAUAAUAUAGAUAGUUUUGUGAUGGUGUAAAAGUCUUCAUUAAAGUUGUUUAUAUAAUUAGUUUGGUGUGCUAGCUUGUCCUGACCUAUUUUCCACACAGCCUUCCUCUCCUCCCGAAAUUGACUUCUCUUUCGGCCACUCCUCUCCGACCUUUUUAGGGGCAGUAAGUAGCUGGCUUUUUUUCAUUAUUGUUUUCUUU